AUGGGUGGAAGAAAGGGCAAAGCACCCCAACGCCGGGAGGGACCCGAGGGUCCGGCCUCGCGGGAGCAGGAGUCCCGGUCCGCCAGCGUAGAUGGCGUGCCCAGCCGGGAACGCCGACAGGGUCGUGUUAAGGCCCGAGGGGUAAGACCAAUCUUGGAGCCGGCCACCGCGGGAGGCCAGGAGACCUCUGGGGUCCACAAGAAGCCCACUGCGGAGAGGAACAGCGGCUGCAGACGGCCCGGGGCUGGUCCUUCAUCGGAGGCCCAGGGGAGACAAGAAAGCGCGCGGCGUCGGGGACGCGGGACUAAGAAGAGCCGGGAGCCCGGGGACAGCCAUGCGGGGCGCCUGGAGGAGGAGAGUCUCCCUCGAGGAGAAGGGACGACAGGCGAGCGCGGCCGCCACAGGAGAGAGGGUAAAGGACGGGGACCCUCGGUUCGGCGGGGACUCAAUGAGGAUACGUCGCGGGGAGACGGAGACAGCUCCUGCCGGGACAGUGAAGCCCGCGAGGCCCAGGAAAGCGGCAGCCAGAACAGCGGGGCUCCAGAGCUGUGGCCCAAAUCGGAGCAAACGGACAUGGGCUCGGGAAGUACCCAAACAGGGUCAGAGUCAGCGCUGGAGCCUGGGGAGCUCCCGAGCAGCGACGGCCCGAGCAGCGAUGAGCCCCCCGCGAAACCCCGGAGCCAGGAAGGAUCGUCGGGGACGGGGCCCCAAGGAACGCAGGAGGAUUCCGGGACGGACAAGGACUCGAGUCCGGACAGGGCCGGGCCUGGACGGGGCCCACUGGCAGCCCCAGGAUCCGCGAGCCAGGACACGGAGGCCGAAGAGACUGAAUUGGGCAGAAAAGCCAUGGCCUCCAGCCCCCUCGAGAGCAGCCGCAUGUGCGUCCCUCAGAAGUCGCGGGCUUCUCGGGACCCCAAGCCGGCCCGGGACACGAGUGACAAAGGGACACAGCGGGAGGCGGAGCCGCGGGACGCCGAGCCCGGUGGAGCCGAGGUCUCGACUGCCCGGAAUCGGCGACGCCAGGUCGGAAAGGUGGUGGGGAAGGUGCAAGAAGCAGCGGAUGAGAGCGAAGAGGGAGCUGAAGGGGUAGACGGACCCGGUGACCCAGCACCGCUGGCCGCCCUCGUGGCGCUCCACAGGCUCCGCGCGAGGCCCCAACCAGGCCCCGCUUCCCAGGCCGCGGGUCCCCGCCGCGCGGGCCUCAAGGAGCGGCUCCUGCGCGUGGCGCGGGCCUUGGGCCUCCUCCGGUGGCUGUGGCGUCGGCUCUGGCUCAGGGCAGACAGGGGCCAGGGGGCGGGGCCGCGGGCAGGCGAGGAACAGGGGGCGGGGCCGCGAGGGGUCGAUGGGCGGGGUCGCGGGCCCCGGCUGCGGAGCCGUCUAGCGCUGCGCCUGGCGGGUGUCGCGGGAUUGGGAGGACGGCCGAGGGCUCCCCCUGGCGGCAGCCCGAGCUCCCCACAGGCGGCGACCAGCCCAGCCCGCGAAGAACCUUCUGAGGACGAAGACCCGACCCCGGAUCCCAAGUUCGCGGUCGUGUUUCCCAGGAUCCACAGGGCGGGGAGGUCGUCGAGCAGCCGGAGUUCAGAGGAAGCGUCCGCAGACGCCCCCGCCGGGGAGGGGCUCAUUUGGCCUUGUGCAGAGGCCUCAAGGGACAGUGAAGGGCGCAGGACGAGUGGAGAAGGGGUGGCCGGGCCCCGCCUCGGCUCUCUCCUCUGCCCGACUCCCCUCAUCGAGCUCCCACUAGACGAGAGCCGCUCCAGCAGCGAAGCAGAGCCCGAGGCCUUGGAAGCCGAGGCUUCGGUUCACUGGGUGCAGGGCUCGGACACCAGCGAGGACCUUGGGCUUGGCAUCCACGCUCUGCUGCCCCGACUCACCCUGGAGAGGAGCCUGGGCCCCUGUGGGUCCCAGAGGGAACGGUGGGAGCCCGAGGAUGAGACCGAGGAAGCGCUAGAGAGAGAACUGGAGCUGAGCCUCGGGCCAGGCCUGGCGGCGCCGUCCUUUCCCAGUGCUGAGGGCAGGAGCCUCACGGAAGUCCUGGAAGAGACCGAGGACCUGGCCCGGCUGCGACUGGUGUGUGACAGCUCCGUGCUUCUGUGCCUCAAGAAGAGGUUUCACCUGGGCAGAAUCUACACCUUUGGGGGGCCCCUCCUGCUCGCUCUGAACCCCUGCCAGCCCCUGCCUCUCUUCUCAUCUGAGGUCCUGGCCAGCUACUGUCCCAGGAAGGCCCCCAACACCACCCCACAUAUCUUUGCUGUCGUGGCAUCAGCCUACAGCCGGUCUCAGAGCACUGGGCAGGGCACCUGCAUUCUUGUCAGUGGGCACAGUGGUUCAGGGAAGACAGAAGCUGCCAAAAAGAUUGUGCAGUUCCUAAGCAGUCUGGAGCAGGAGCAGACAAGGGACAGAGGGUGUCGGCUGGAUGACGUGCUGCCCUUGCUUGGCAGCUUCGGCCAUGCCAAGACGGUCCUCAAUGCUAACGCCAGCCGCUUCGGCCAGGUCUUGUGCCUCUGCCUGCAGCAUGGGGUCAUCGUGGGAGCUUCUGUGUCACAUUAUCUGCUUGAGACCUCAAGGGUGGUGUUUCAGGCCCAGGCUGAGCGGAGCUUCCAUGUGUUUUACGAGCUGCUAGCAGGGCUGGACCCUGUGGAACGGGAGCGGCUCUCCCUGCAGGAGCCAGAGACCUACCACUACCUCAACCAGGGCCGGGCCUGCAGGCUCCAGGGCAAGGAGGACGCCCAGGACCUCACAGGACUGGUGAAGGCCCUGCAGGCGCUGGGCUUGUGCCCCGAGGAGUUGACCGCAGUCUGGGCUGUGCUGGCCACCAUCCUGCAGCUGGGCAACAUCUGCUUCUCCUCAUCAGAGAGGGAGUCCCAGGAGGUGGCUGCUGUGUCCAGCUGGGCCGAGAUCCACACGGCAGCACGGCUGCUGCGAGUACCACCCGAGCGCCUGGAGGGGGCUGUCACCAGGAGGGUCAUGGAAACACCAUACGGCCGGGCCUCAAGAUUCCUCCCCAUGGAAAGCGCCAUUGAUGCCAGGGACGCCCUGGCCAAGGCCCUGUACUCGCGGCUCUUCACGUGGCUUCUGAGGACGACCAACUCGCGGCUGGCACCACCCCGUGAGGGAGACGGCGUGGACACUGUCACUGUUGUGGACAUCUACGGCUUUGAGGCCCUGCGGGUCAAUGGCCUGGAGCAACUGUGCAAUAACCUUGCCAGUGAACGCCUGCAGCUCCUCUCCGUCCAGAUGCUGCUAGCCCAGGAGGAGGAGGAGUGUCAGCGAGAGUUGCUGCCCUGGGUGCCCAUUGCCCAGCCCCCGAGGGAGUCGUGCCUGGACCUCCUGGUCGGCCAGCCCCACAGCCUCCUGAGUAUCCUGGAUGCCCAGACAAGGCUGUCCCAGGCCACCGACCACACCUUCCUCCAGAAGUGCCACUAUCACCAUGGAGACCACCCGUGCUACGCCAAGCCCCAGCUGCCCCUUCCUGUCUUCACCAUUCGACAUUACGCAGGACCUGUCACCUACCAGGUUCACAAGUUUUUAAACAGAAACCGGGAUGACCUUGACCCUGCUGUGGUGGAAAUGCUUGCCCAAAGCCAGCUCCAGCUAGUGGGCAGCCUGUUCCAGGAGGCAGAGCCCCAGGCUGGGGGCGGGCAAGGCAAACCCACACUGGCCUCUAGCUUCCAGCAGUCCCUAGAGGACCUCCUAGCCAGGCUGGGCAGGAGCCACGUCUACUUCAUCCAGUGCCUCAACCCCAACCCUGGCAAGUUUCCAGGCCUCUUUGAUGUGGGAUACGUGGCAGAGCAGCUGCACCAGGCAGGUGUCCUGGAGACUGUCUGUACCCGCAGCGCCAACUUCCCAGUGCGGGUACCCUUCCAGGCCUUCCUGGCCAGGUUCCGGACCCUGGGGACAGAGGGGCAGGGAGAGCUCUCUGACCGGGAGAAGUGUGGCACCAUCCUGAGCCAGGUGUUGGGAGCUGAGUCGCCCCUCUGUCACCUUGGAUCCACCCAGAUCCUGCUGCAAGAGCCGGGCUGGCAGCAGCUUGAGCAGCACUGGGCCCAGCGUCGUUCCCAGGCGCUGCUUACCCUGCAUCGCGGCCUCCUCGCCUGCAUCUCUCGCCAGCGCCUCCGCCUCCUGCCUCGGAUGCAGGCUCGUGUGCGGGGGCUCCAGGCCAGGAAGCGGUACCUCCGGCGGCGGGCGGCUCUGGGACAGCUGAACACCAUCCUACUGGUGGCCCGGCCCCUGCUCUGGAGACGGCAGAGACUGCAGCUUGGGCAUUGGCGUGGCUGGCACGGCGGCAGGGCCUCCGAGAACACAUCAAGCAUGGAACUGGGCCGCCUGGAGAUCCCGGCUGAGCUGGCCGUCAUGCUGAGGACAGCAGAAGGCCGUCAGCAGACCCUGGCCCAAAGCAUCACCGAGGCCAUGCCCCCGGAAGUACCUUCUCGGCCCAGCCUGACUCUCCCCCAGGAUAUCGACCAGUUCCCCUUCUCCAGCUUCAUCUCCAGCAGCUUUCAGGAGCCAUCCCUACCCAGCCCUGGGCAGCUGCUGGCCAAGCCCCUGACACGGCUGGACGGUGAGAACCCUCAGCAUGCCCUGGAUAUCAACAAGGUGAUGCUGCGGCUCCUGGGGGAUGGGUCCUUGCAGUCCUGGCAGGAGCAGACCAUGGGCACAUACCUGGUGAGGCAGGGGCAGCACCGGCCAGCGCUGCGGGAUGAACUUUUCAGCCAGCUCGUGGCCCUGCUCUGGCACAACACGGACGAGCAGCAGAGCCAGCGCGGCUGGGCCCUCAUGGCCGUCCUGCUCAGCGCCUUCCCUCCAAUGCCCACCCUGCAGAAGCCACUGCUCAAAUUUGUGUCUGACCAGGCCCCCAGAGGCACGGCAGCACUGUGCCAGCACAAGCUGCUAGGGGCUCUCGAGCAGGCGCGGCUGGCCCCUGAGAUCACACGGGCCCACCCGCCCACCCAGCUCGAGUGGACGGCAGGAUGGCGGCGGGGCAGAAUGGCACUGGACGUCUUCACUUUCAAUGAAGAAUGCUAUUCGGCCGAGGUGGAGUCCUGGACAACGGGGGAGCAGUUUGCCGGGUGGAUUCUCCAGAGCCGAGGCCUGGAGGGGCCCCCCCGUGGCUGGUCUGUGUCACUGCACUCCAGGGACUCCUGGCAGGACUUGGCUGGCUGUGACUUCGUGCUGGACCUCAUCGGCCAGACCGAGGACCUUGGGGACCUGGCUGGUCCCCGAAGCUACCCCAUUGCCCCCCGAAGCUUAGCUGAGGAUAUCCCCCCCGCCCCUGGUGUCCAGGCCCCCUCACUGCCCCCAGGUCCCCCUCCAGGUCCAGCCCCACCAUUGCCCAGCAGGAGCCACACAGGUGAGUCCCGGACCUCAGGGAGCCUGGAUGGCUUCCUGGACCACCUCUUCGAGCCAGUCCUCUCCCCAGGCCUCAGGGAUCUGGAGGAAGGCUGGGCUCUGAACAGCCGAAUGAAAGGUGGGGGCGCCAUCGGGCCCAUGCAGCAAGGCAGCUACCCCAUGGUGUACCCAGGAAUGAUGCAGAUGCCUGGAUACCAGCCAGCCAUGAUGCCAGCACCCAUGCCCAUGAUGCCAGCGAUGGGUGCAGUCCCGGCCAUGCCACCUAUGGUGGUGCCACCACAGCCACAGCCACAGCCCCUGCUUUCCAGCGUGGAUGCAAGGCAGCUGGCGACCCAGCAGCAGAAUUUCAUCAACCAGCAGGCGCUGAUCCUGGCCCAGCAGAUGACUGCCCAGGCCAUGAGCCUGUCCCUGGAACAGCAGACACGCCAGCGCCAAGCCCAGGCCCCUGGAGCUGCCUCCUCGACCACAACUCCAGCCAUCUCCCCCAAACCCAAGAAGUCCCCAGCCCCCCAGGAGGUGCCAGAGUGUGAGCUGGAGCCGCAGGAGACCUCACAGGAGACCUCACGGGAGACCUCACGGGAGGAACACAGGCCCUCGCGGCCCAAGAGCUUCCAGCAGAAACGGGACUAUUUCCAGCAAAUGGGGCAGCAGCAGAUCAAGGUGAGGACAGUAAAGCCUCCGGCCAAGGUGCAGAUCCCCCAAGGGGAGGAGCAGGAAGAGGAGGAACCGGAAGAGGAGGAACCCAGCACAGUGCCGUCCCCUCCUCCGCCCGCGGUAGUGAAGAAGCCAGUGACACGAGGUAGGGACAAAGCUGCACGGGAGGCUGAGGCUGAGCCAGCCCAGGAGGCGGUGCAGGGCCGGCCUGCGGUGGUACGCAGCUCCAACCCGCCAUCCAGGAAGGCAGAGCCCAGCAGAGAGAUACGAAACAUCAUCCGCAUGUACCAGAGCCGCCCAGCCCCCGUGCCUGUGCCUGUGCAGCCGUCCAGGAGGCCCCCCACAACUCUCCUGAAGAAAAACAACCCUAAGGACGAGGCUCUGGCAAAGCUGGGGAUCAGUGGUGCCCUCUCGUCCCCCUCGACGGUGUCCCCCAGCCCAGGAAAGGGUGCCCCACCACCUGUGGCCCCUCGACCCAAGGGCCCACCACGGUUGGGGACCUCCAACUCCAUCAGGAAGAAGCAAGAGCCCCUUCGGGAGCUGUUUGGCCAGACCCCACCCACUGCCCAGGCACCCCCGCCUCCACCAGUGCCCCCACCGCCUCCACAUGGGGACCCGGGGACCCCUUCAGCUGAGCCUCGUGGCCGUAUGGAGCCCAUGGGGGACGAGGGGAUCUGCACCCAGCUGCUCGUGCCCUCUGGCAGCGUGAGCUUCUCCUACGCCAGUGUGCCCUGGAAGCUGUUCCUACGCAAGGAGGUCUUCUACCCCCGGGAGACCUUCAGCCAUCCCUACAGUCUAAGGCUCCUCUGUGAGCAGAUCCUGAAGGACACCUUUGCCGAGUCCUGCCUCCGGAUCUCCCAGGACGAGCGGCGCAAAAUGAAAGACCUGUUGAGAGACCUGGAGGUGGGUCUGGACUCACUUGUCACCACUGAGGACAGUGUCAAGAAGCGCAUUGUGGUGGCCGCUAGGGACAACUGGGCCAAUUACUUCUCCCGCAUCUUCCCUGUCUCGGGUGAGAGUGGCAGUGAUGUGCAGCUGCUCAGUGUGUCCCACCGCGGGCUGAGACUGCUCAAGGUGACCCGAGGCCCCAGCAUCUACCCUGACCAGUUGAAGACUCUCUGCUCGUACAGUUUUGCUGAGGUGCUGGGCGUGGAGUGCCGGGGCGGCUCCACCCUGGAGCUGUCACUGAAGAGAGAGCAGCUGGUGCUGCACGCAGCCCGGGCGAGUGCCAUCAAGACCAUGGUUGAGCUGUUCCUGAGUGAGCUCAAGAAGGACUCCGGCUACGUCAUCGCGCUGCGCAGCUACAUCACUGACGACCGCAGCCUCCUCAGUUUCCACCGCGGGGACCUCAUCAAGCUGUUGCCAAUGGCCACUCUGGAGCCAGGCUGGCAGUUUGGCUCCAUCGGGGGCCGUUCCGGACUCUUUCCUGCCGACAUCGUGCAGCCAGCUGCUGCCCCAGACUUCUCGCUGGAGCAGAGGAAUGGCCGACACAAGAGUCAGCUGCAGCGCAGAGAGCCAGGGCUGGCUCCGUGGGAGAGGGCGUCGGAGGGUCCCACCCGCCCUCAGAGCCGGGCUCACAGUGACAACUCGGAGGCCAGCAGCCUGCCCUUCUCUGUGGCCUCUGCCUCCCUGUCUGCGGGCUCCCACAACUACACCAUGCAAGAGUUUGCCCUGCAAUACUUCCGGAAGCCCAAGACCUUGCUGGACCAGGCAGGUGGAGGUGCUAAAGGGAAGGCCACGGCCAGCCUGGUGCAGUACACCAAGGUUCCCAUCCAGGAAUCGCUCAUCAGCCUUAGUGAUGAGGACGCGAACAAGAAAGCUGUGGGAAGCUUCCAGACUCUGAUGCAAUUUAUGGGAGACCAGCCUAAGCCCCGGGACAAGGACGAGUUGGAUCUCCUCUAUGAGCUGCUGAAGCUGUGUCGCGAGAAGGAGAACCUCAGGGAUGAGAUUUACUGCCAGGUCAUCAAGCAGGUCACGGGACACCCCCAGCUGGAACUCUGUGCUCGAGGCUGGAGCUUCCUCAGCCUCCUGACCGGCUUUUUCCCGCCAUCAACCACGCUGAUGCCCUACGUGACUAAGUUUCUGCAGGAUUCAGGCCGAAGUCAAGAGCUGGCCCGGACUAGCCAGGACCACCUCCAGCGCACAGUCAAGUAUGGGGGGCGCCGGCGGCUGCCCUCGCCGGGUGAAAUGCAGGCUUUCCUGAAAGGGCAGAUGGUCCACCUGCUUGUAGUUCACCUGCCCGGGGGUGUGGAGUACAAGACCAAUAUCCAGACCUUCACAGUGACAGCAGAAGUGCUGGAGGAGCUGUGCGGGCAGAUGGGCAUCCUGGACCCCGGAGAAGUGCAGGAAUUUGCCCUCUUCCUCAUCAAAGGGGCAGGUGAGCUGGUGCGGCCCCUGUGGCCCCACGAGUACCUCAACAGCGUGGCGGUGGACAAGGACGUGAGCGUGCACAGCCGGCGCGUCAGCUGGGAGAGCCGGCUGCACUUCGAUAAUCCCACCUACAUCAGCACCCACUACAGCCAGGUACAGCGGGACUACCUGCAGGGGAAGCUGGUGGUCAGCGCCCAGGAAGAUGCCCAAGUCGCCAGGCUGGCCGCCCUACAGCACCUCAGCAGGGCCCACAAGGGGCCCCCCUCAGAGCAAGACCUGCUGGCUUACUUGCCGAAGCCACUGCACCAGCAGGUGAGUGUGGCCGUCAUAAAGGGGCUGAUGGAGCAGGAGCUGAGGCAGCUGCGAGGACACAGCUCCCAGGAAGCGCAGAUCAGCUUUAUCGAGGCCGUGAGUCAGCUGCCCCUCUUUGGCUACACUGUCUACAUGGUGCUUCGGGUGAGCCAGAUGGUCCUGCCCGGACCCAGCCUCCUGGGACUAAACCGUCAGCAGCUCGUCCUCAUGGAGCCCAGCUCCCAGACGCAGUAUUGCUCCAUCGCCCUGAGGGACGUGCAACGGCUCCACAUGCUGAGCCCCCUUGAGGAAGGGGGCCUCCCUGGCCUGGAACUCAACUAUGGCUCAGCCGACAGCCCCCGGACCAUCUGGUUUGAGCUGCCGCAGGCCCAGGAGCUGAAGCAUACCAUCGCCUUCCUGCUGGACAGUGGUCUCGCUCCCGUUUAGUGCCGGCCUCACCCAAGAGGAGAGCUGGAGGGGCAGGAGGAGGGGGCCCCUCCCUGGCCCAAGUUUCAUCCAGAUGGUCUUCCUUGGGUGCUGUCAGCCCACUUUGGAUUGGAUUUCAUGGCUCGGCUGUUCUGGAAGCCGCUGCAGCCGGGUUGGCCCAUGUGGAGGCCACAA